CUUCUGUUGUCUCACACUUCGACUCAUCGGCUCGCUCGCCUCUCUGGCUGCCACAUUCGCUCGCCGCUCGCCAGCCACCUGCUCCGCUCCCAUCCGCCGCCCCCUGCUCCCGUAGCGCCGCCAACCGACGCCGAGCGGUUCCGGAGCACUGGGACGCACGGCCGCCCCCGUCAAGCAGGUUUCGCCGCCCGUCCUCGGGAGUGGAGCAGAGCCGGAGGCGGUGGAGCCCGGCGGUGGUGCGUGCAGCUUGGCCGCUGGGGAGAGCCGGGGCUCUAGCGACGAACAUGCGUCGGUAGUAAGCCGGGGUUCAGGGGCAUUUUAGUCCUACUUAGCAGCGGCGAUGGCAAAAAUCUAACAUAGUGAUUGAAGCAGCCAGGGGGUUAACCCAUGCUGUCUGAAUAGCGAUGCCGUGGUCGAUUUGCAGCAAGAAAAUCUGGGAAUGAGUUUUACAUGCUAGUUAGGGUGCCGUAUUAGACUCUAAUUAGGAUGGGUUCGUUAUGCUGCGUAGCAGCGCGGCCACAUGGGACUAGCACAGCGAGCAGGGAGUGGUCUUCUAUUGGCCGGAGCGACCCGCCCUGGCGGACUAAUGCUGGCUUCUCUCCACCUCUGUCUAGGGGGUGGGAGUACAGGAUCAAUUCGGAAGGAUUGUCUUAUGGAUCCCAUGGUGAUAGCGGGGUUGCUGCCAAUUAUGGGUCAUCACUGUCAUCAAAUAGUAAAGAGGCUAGUAGGAGUUGGGAGAGGAAUGAGCUUCCACAAGAGCACCGUUACUCUACAUCUGAGGGUGCCAUUUCGUAUUUCAACAGCCCAGAUGUCAGCUUCCAGAACCACCAUGCUAUGCUGCCAAUGCUGCGAGAUUCUAGUGUUGAUGAAUACAUGAGAGUUUCAGUUGCUGAGCCGAUUGGUGCUUUAUUGUUGUCAGAGGGAAUAUCAGGACAGCAGAAUAGUGGUGGUUCCACCUCUCGUUCUGAUGGAAGUGAAUAUGAUAUUGUACCUAAAUCAUACUCAUCAACGCCCCGCAACUUCCCAAGCCGUCGAUCAUUCCUGUCAAAGCCAAUUCAUCCUCUCUCAUUUCCUGAACAUGCACUAGAAGCGCAAGGAACUCAGAGUCCCAUUGCCAGUGCAAGCUCUAACAAUCCUCUGCGCUCUGAGUUCAAGGGAAAAGGAGAGCUUCGUUCUCCAGGUCCCAUGGACUAUGCCAGUGGCAGUCAUGGGGAGUCAGGAAACUGGAGUGCUGCAAGUAGCAUGGAUCUUACUGAUCUAUCAGAACAACCUGAAGCUGAACGAGCUGGAGCACAGCGUUCUAAUAAUGUGAUGCAGAAAACAAGGUGUGACCUUUGUGAGAGGUUUUUGACCAAGAGAUCACCUUGGGGUUCUCGUCGAAUUGUGCGCACUGGAGAUUUGCCAGUUGCUGGUGUUCUCCCAUGCUCCCAUGUCUACCAUGCUGAGUGCUUGGAGCGGACAACUCCGAAGGGGCAGAAGCAUGACCCUCCUUGCCCUGUGUGCGACAAGCUGGCUGGUAAAGAUACCGAGCACUGGUCGAUUUGCAGGCUAAAAAAUGGAUUCCCAAGAUUACGUUCCCUAGGGGAAGGACCUUCUCGAGUUUGGAGUUGUGCUCAUGCUGGAGAUUGUGUUGCUGGGGCUGUGCAGAUACCAAGAUCAAAUAGCAUUGCGCUAUUGACUCGGAGUGGUCACAAGAGGCAUGCCUCUUCGAAGGGAGAUCCUGGCAAAGACUGGGCUGAAACAUCAAAAAGUGCUUGCAUGUAGCUUCCUAGUGCCCUUCCGUAGGUAAUGUUGAUGACCUUGCAUCGUUAUGGUCGCAAGGUAAGGUGUAUGGGCACAGACGUCGCCAUGGCUUGAUGGUCCGGCUAGGUAAUGACAUAGAUAUGCCUGUGUAGCUGACUAAAUUGACCUCCUAUCAGUUAUCAGGAUGGCCACUUCUGCAUAACGGCCUUAUAUCUCUACCGAUUAUUUUUAUGGGCUGAAACUUUUCCUGAUGAAGUUGUAUGUCCUGGAAAUGUAAGAGAGUAGAACCACGGGUAAACUGAUCUCUGUAACUACUCAUCCAAUUCUAUGAAACUGUCGCAGUUACCCCUACUUUGUAACAUUGUAUGGUUGUAAUGUCGUUAAUGCUGUAGCGGAUGAAUGUUUAGAGUUGACACCGCAAGAGACUUUUGAUAUUCA